AUGACAGGUAUUGAACAACGUACCACCUUACCAGAUCGCUCGGCUCUCAUCAAUAAAAUUCCCGCGGAAGAUACUCAGGCGUUAUCACCCCAAAGUCUAUCUAGUGCUGAAUAUGAAGAACUCGGAGUGGUGAUCUUAAUUUCCGCCUGCGAAUUUUCUCGUCACAAGCUGAAGAAACAUAUCCUCUCUCAAAUUGAAGAGACUACCGAGGCUACAGUUCUCAUAGUAGGCGAUUUGAAGCCUUCUUGGGGACGAGAAAUUUUUGAUAUAUUGAAGAAGGAUGACCACGAUACCUUGAAGAAGGACAACCGCGCACGCCGCACACGAACGACAUGGGACACACCAUGGUGGGUCGAAUCCGUGACCCAGAUGGGCAUAAAUGGACACAUGACGGCCAUGGAGCGCCGUCAGAUUCAAAUUUUCAUGGGCACUACCCUGGAAUUUCAGUCCGGCCCGUACGCGAACUCGGAAAAAGAACCCGAUCUGUUUGUGAUUCCUCAGCUAGCUAUGGACAAUUUGCCAAGCUUGGCCUUUGAAGUCGUGUGGGCACAGACCGAGAAGAAGCUGAAGGCAGACGUGGAUUUACUUCUCACGGGUGGCGACGGCUCCAUUCAUGUCGUGGUGGUAGUGAAAUGGACGAAAAGUAGGCUCACUCAGCGAGUGAAAGGAUAUGCGGACGUAUAUGUCCGGGACGUAUUUGGCAUUCCUGCGCUACGGCAGCACGAGAUAAUUUUCCCUGCCCCCCUUGUUCCCUCUGUUCCAGUGCUUAAUCUGCCUGUUCUGCUUGUUCCCGGCCCAAUUGUGCCUACAGUGCCAACUCCUCGAAUCGCAACACGCAGUAGCAUGCGUCCUCCGGCCCCUCAACCUUCCGCUCACCCGCGACCUCCUCCAGCUUCUCCACCUCUUCCGACUGGGGGCCCGCAGCGUCUCAUCUUCAGUCAUGAAGAGGUAUUUGGGCCGACAUUUUUGCCAGAUCCAGCGCGUAAUGGGCCCCCUCCUGCGACAAUUGACCUCGAUAUUAAUCUUCUGCGAGAUUUCGCCACGGGACACCUACAGAGAAUGAACCUCCAGCCGGCGGUCUAG